UCUGUCUCAAAAAAAAAAAAAAAAUUAAAUAUGGUAGAGAAGUCCUCACUAGGAAGGUGACAUUUGAACAAAGGCUUGAAGGAGGUGAGGCAGCAGGCUAUACAUAUGUCUGGAGGAAGUGUACCACAUGGAGGCAACAUGUGAAAAAGGAACCGAGGUGGGAACAUACUGUUAGGAGGCCAGUUGACUGGAGAGGAAUGAGGAGAUUGGUAGAUGAGAUUAGAAAUGUUACAGGGGGCCAGGUCACACAGGGGCUUAAGGCCACUGUAAGAUAUGGCUUUUACUCUGAGCAAGAUGGAAAUCUUUGGGGAGUUUUGAGUCCAGCAGUGACAUGAUCUGAAGUGUAUGUGUGGAAGUGAUAAGAUCUGAUUUCAUUUUCUGUCCUCUCUGAGGCUGAAGUGAGGAGCUCAGCUUUGAGAGGAGUGAGGCUGGAGGUUGCAAGACCAGUUAGGACACUAGAGCACUGAUUGAGGCACGUCUAACAUGUCAUUUGAGGAGCUGUUGGAAUUGCAGAGCCAAGUGGGCACUAAGACAUAUAAACAAUUGGUAGCUGCAAACAGCACUAAGAAACGAGGUUCUAGACCACCUGUCCAAAGUACAUGUGUUGCAGAUAAGCACAGGCCUCUGGAAAUGUCAGCCAAGAUCCAAGUACCAUUUUUACGUCAGGUUGUUCCCAUCUGUAAAAAGGUGGCCCGGGACCCCCGAUUUGACGAUCUGUCAGGAGAAUAUAAUCCUGAGGUGUUUGACAAAACAUACCAAUUCUUGGAUGACAUCCGAGCCAAAGAGAAAGAGCUUGUGAAAAAGCAAUUGAAGAAGCACUGUUCAGGGGAGAAGCAUGAGAAACUGCAGCAGCUGCUUCAGCGAAUGGAACAGCAAGAAAUGGCACAGCAGGAACGAAAGCGGCAGCAGGAGCUGCGCCUGGUCCUGAAGCAGGAACGGCGGGCUCAGGCCCAGCAGGGCCAUCGGCCAUACUUCCUGAAGAAAUCCGAGCAGCGCCAGCUGGCCCUAGCAGAGAAGUUCAAGGAGCUGAGACGCAGAAGGAAGCUGGAGAGCUUCUUGAGUCGAAAGAGGCGCCGAAAUGCAGGCAAAGAUAAGAGACAUCUCCCUGUGAGCAAAGAGUAAUAAGGAACUAUCCCCUGCUCUGCCACUGCCUCAGGGAGACAUGGACUUAUGGGGACAGUCUUGGGUUUGGCCUGUUUUCCUGGUUCCUUCCUGUUCAAGGGCAAGGAUCACAGCUGCCCUUGAACUAGGUUGGCUCAGGAGGCUGGAGGGCUCUUGAACUGCCCACAGGACUUGACAAGAAGAGUAGCUCAGCCUUCUGCCCAGCCAUACUUGCCUCUCUGUGGAUCUGGUUCAUCAUGUCCUCAUGACCUUGUCCCAUCCUUGCCCUAAACCAGUGAUUCUGGUACAGAAGAAGAGGGGCCAGUGAGUGACCCUGAGGCCAGUGAAGGCCAUGGAAUCUGUUCGUGGGUCCCAGGGCUGGGACUUUAUGUAGGAGCCACUUCAUAAACAUUCUUGUUACUCA